AUGUCUGGGAUGAAAGGUAACAUAUUUAUAGCUAUGCAUAGCUACGAUACUAGAGCUAGAUAGGACAUACUUGCUAAUGUUAGCUAGCUAAGUAUGGCUAACUUCCCACUGUUUUGUACGGGAACUGGACUCGUUCCAGAACGUCUAAAAUAUGUUUUGCGUGUCAGUUUUGUUGUUGUUAGUGCAGAUGUGCAGCAUAUCUAUUCCUCUGAUUUCAUGGCCGUUCUUUUAUUGAAUGCAUUAAGCAGUUUAAGAAAUAAACUUCCUUGAAGUGUUGGAUUGCUAGCUAGCUAACAUUCCUUUGCUGCUUUGCACAGUAGUUUCACCGCAUCUCUAGGCCUGUCCAGAAACAACCCUUACUAUCUGUCCUCUUUAUUGUAGUUAAUCAAAAGGAAGACUCAAUGAUUCUAAGAAGGGAAAGAGCUAGGGGUUGUUUCUGGAUGGAUGAUGUCGCUCUCUCUCUCUCUCUCGCACACACAACACAACAUUCUUGACAAUGAAUCACAUAGUAUUGAAAAAAUUGUUCCACAAGCUAGAGUUUGAUGUGAUGUGCAAUAAGAGGUGUUUAUAAAUUGAUUUGUGAACAGGUCCCCCUUUUCCCCUCCCCUCUCUGCGCCUCAUGGUCCCACCACUACGGCUGGUCUCAGCAGCCAUCUGGCAAACGGUCCAGCAAAGACACGUGAUGGAUUAUGGGAUGUUGGAGGAGUUUGUUACCAUGGUCACAGAGAUGGUUCCAGAGCUUCUGAACCACAGUCAGAGGGCCCAACUUAUUCUGGGUCUUCGAGCACGGGUGAGAAGGAGAGACGGAACUAGUGCUCAUCAUUAUGUGGGGAACGAUGGCAUAUGAUCAUAUUUAGUCAUGUUUAUUGUCCCAAAUAAGUAUCCUAAAUGGUUUGCUCUGGUUUCAGCUGGUCCUGGAGUUGUGUCGCUCUAAGCCGAUCACAGACCUCCAGACCAUUCAGCCACACCUGGACAGGAUACAGACCCUCACACCUCUCUGGGGGACACAGGUGAGCUCCUUAAGGCAGAGACUCAGCAAAUGUUUACAUCAGUCAUAGACAUACACUAUAUAUACAAAAUUAUGUGGACACCCCUUCAAAUUAGUGGAUUCGGCUAUUUCGGCCACACCUGUUGCUGACAGGUGUAUAAAAUCGAGCACACAGCCAUGCAAUCUCCAUAGACAAACAUUGGCAGUAAAAUGGCCUUACUCAAGAGCUCAGACUUUGAACGUGGCACCGUCAUAGGAUGCCACCUUUCCAACAAGUCAGUAAGUCAAAUUUCUGCCCCACUAGAGCUGCCCCGGUCAACUGUAAGUGCUGUUAUUGUGAAGUGGAAACAUCUAGCAACAACGGCUUAGUCGCGAAGUGGUAGGCCACACAAGCUCACAGAAUGGGACCAUCGAGUGCUGAAGCGCGCAGCGCGUAAAAAUCAUUGGUCCUCAGUUGCAACACUCACUACAGAGUUCCAAACUGCCUCUGGAAGCAACGUCAGCACAAGAACUGUUCGUCGGGAGCUUCAUGAAAUGGGUUUCCAUGGCUGAGUAGCCACACACAAGCCUAAAAUCACCAUGUGCAAUGCCAAGCGUCGACUGGAGUGGUGUAAAGCUUGCCACCAUUGGACUCUGGAGCAGUGGAAACACUGUGUGAAUCACACUUCACCAUCUGGCAGUCCAACGGACGAAUCUGGGAUGCCAGGAGAAAGCUACCUGCCCGAAUGUAAAGUUUGGUGGAGGAGGAAUAAUGGUCUGGGGCUGUUUUUCAUGGUUCGGGCUAGGCCCCUUAGUUCCAGUGAAGGGAAAUCUUAACGCUACAGCAUACAUUGACAUUCUAGACAAACUUUGUGGCAACAAUUUGGGGAAGGCCCUUUCCUGUUUCAGCAUGACAAUGCCCCCGUGCACAAAGCGAGGUCCAUACAGAAAUGGUUUGUCGAGAUCAGUGUGGAAGAACUUGACUGGCCUGCACAGAGCCCUGACCUCAUCCCCAUCGAACACCUUUGGGAUGAAUUGGAACGCCGACUGCGAGCCAGGCCUAAUCGCCCAACAUCAGUGCCCGACCUCACUAAUGCUCUUGUGGCUGAAUGGAAGCAAGUCCCUGCAGCAAUGUUCCAACAUAUAGUGGAAAGCUUUCCCAGCAGAGUGGAGGCUGUUAUAGCAGCAAAGGGGGGACCAACUCCAUAUUAUUGCCCAUGAUUUUGGAAUGAGAUGUUCGACGAGCAGGUGUCCACAUAAUUUUGGUCAUUUAGUGUAUUUCUGAAAUGACAAUGAUAUGACAAAAACAUUAGCAGCCUAAAUGACAAGCUGUCAUUUAGAUGUCCUGAAUAAGUCAACAUGUUUAUAUUCUGUUUUUCAGGCGACUGAUGCAGAGGUAGGAUUAUCUGAAUCCAACUUCCUGGGGCUGGUUCAAACCCUUCUGAAAGAUCCAGAUGAGAGAGAACAUUUCUUCCAGGUCAGUGAGUAUGUGGGUAUGGAAUAUCCUUGGGUCAUUUCCACGACUGCUGUAUAUUUCAACAAUUUAAAUAAUAAUAUCUUCUGAGAGGUUUUUAUAGCUCAUAUUUCAUUACUCUGUUUUAGGAUGUUUUUCCUGUAGAAUUUGGUCCCAGUUAUGACGCAGCCAUCCAGAAACUCAUGUGGCAAUUUCUUUCGAGACUUGAGAAGCUACUUCCCGUAUCAAACUUCCAACAGGUACUAGUAUAAAUAAACUUGAGUCAUAGAGGGGUCUUCAACAGGUCGAUCGCAGCCCACCUAAUGAGUAGCUCGCCAAACAAUUCUGAAAGCACAUGCAAUUUUCACGUGUUCCACCGCAAACUGUCAAACAAAUCUCACAAGUAUCAGACACCGCAAGCUCCUAGCUACUAUCUAGCUCAGCUGGUAGAGCACGGCGCUUGUAACACCAAGGUAGUGGGUUCGAUCCCCGGGACCACCCAUACACAAAAAAAUGUAUGCACGCAUGACUGUAAGUCGCUUUGGAUAAAAGCGUCUGCUAAAUGGCAUAUUAUUAUUAUUAAUCAACGCAAAAUUAACAUGAUCCCACCCCUAGUUAGCCACUAUUGGCUUAAAAAGCCAAGCCAAACCGAACACAAUAUAUUAAUUUCCAGCAAUAUUGCCCGUCUGUGUGGUGCGUUUGUCUAUUACUAUGUAUAGCCAGUCUUGUGGGUUGAGAGAAAUACUUUCCCCAAAACCUUCUCAAUUAAAUGUUAACUGCAAAGUAGGCUUACCUGGCAGAAGUAUAUCAUGAGGAAGUAUAUCAUUUGUAUCUAUUAUUUGUUAUUUGCACACUGCCAUGAACUGAGCAGCAGCAGUACAGAACCUUGGCACAUUCCUCACUUGCUAGAUGUGCAAUUAAAGGGGAAUUACACUUGAAUAACCACAUUUGUUAGUUUUCUUCCAGACCUAAAAAUAAAUGGUAUUCUGAUGUGAUUUAAGCAUUGAUAUGUACUCAGAACAUCAAAUGUUGUUGUUUUUCUAUGAACGAUUGUAAUUUUGAAAGUGAAAAACUGUAAAAAUCAAAAACCUGGAAUUAUUUUCACUGAGAACAUAAUUUGGGAAAAUAUAUAACUUGAUUUGGGGGGGGAAAUCGCAGGUGGAAGUUGUUUAUUAACCCUUAUUUUACCAGGUAUAUUGACAGAAAACAUAGUGCACUACUUUCUCUUGUAGACUAAGGACCUGGGGAAGGGUUGCAGAGGAGAGGAGAAGCUAGGGGAAAAAGAGUAGCCAGCUACAUUUUUCUCAUGCUAGAAAAGAGACCACUGAAAUAGAGGAACCAUGGACUUGACACUUAGGCAUUGUGUGAAUUCUACCUAUAUUCCUUCUAACUCUGUAUUCCUCAUUGUGUCAGGCUGCCUUGCUGCUCAGCGAUGUUCCCUCUGUUCUGGAGGAAUGUGUUGAGUCCGUGUCUCACCCUCAAGAGCUGAAAACCCUGCUUCAAUACCACAGAGACCUCAGCCCACUGGACAACCAUGGUAGGCAUCUCUCACAGGACCCAUCAUUUUCAUGCUAUAUCAUGGAUUCGUUUUCUUACACCCCAAUGGCAAAUUACAUCUAUCGAGCAUUACUGUGUUGAGUUUUGGUCCCCUUAUUCCUUUUUUCGCAGACCCUCCAUCUUCCACCGAUGGGGACUGCAUUCUCUCAGCUCUCUGUCUUCCUCCUGUGGAACGGGUGGUGAUUUCAACAGAGGUGGAGAGAGAAGGAACAAGUAUGGAUGUAAAAGAAAGAGAAGGGGUGGAAAGCAGGUCAGGGGAAUGUGAGAAAAACAAAACUUCCUCUGUUAGUGAUGAGGAUGAUGCAGAGUUUGCUGACCAAGUGACAGACAAGGUGGAACCAAAGUACGAAACGGUGAUGGUUAUCGGGGAAGACGGGAUGGUGCAGCCUUUUGAAGAUUUAAGUGUCGGGAAAAAUAGUUAUUUCAAAAAGCCUAAAAUAAUGACACACAAAGCCAGUGGAAGUCAUGGAGAACAAAUGCUUAGCAUAUUCAACAGCAAGUCUAAUGUGAUCAUAUCCUCCAUGCUUUACCAGCCCUCAGUGGAUCUACAAAGGAUUGACACUACCAACCUGAUAUUAUUGCCCUUAAGACCAGUAAGAAGAAACAGAGGGCUGAAGAUGAAGACAUUUCUAGCACAAGAACAGAAACAAACCAAAACUGAAUUUUCUGAAAAAUAUACAUUCAAGAAGUGCCCAAUUUGUGAGAAGACUUUCAGUCGAAGUGCAGACAUGAGGCGGCACCAGAAAAUCCACACAGGGGAGCCUAUCCAGAACCCAAAACACAAAGAGUCAAAAGUGUGCUGCAUUUGCGGAAGGAUGUUCGCAGACAUAGAAAAGCUGGACAGGCAUAAGCUGGUGCACAAGCCUUUGAAAUGCACCAUGUGUGAAAACAGCUUUAACGGUGUCAAGCCCCUCAAGAAACACUAUCUGGAUGUCCAUAAAUUCAACGGGCCAUUCCUCUGCACCUACUGUGAGAAGAGCUUCACUGAGUUAUCAGAUCUCGUCAGACACGAGAGGACUCACACUCUCCCUUACCAGUGUUCCCACUGUCCAAAGAAAUGUAAAUCAUCAACGACUCUUGCCGAACAUGAAAGAAUACACACAGGAGAGAAAUGCCUUUGCUGGGAAUGUGGAAAAGGCUUUAUCAACCAAACAACGCUGAGAAACCACAUGCUAAAUGUUCACAGCAAACCCGAAGAUAAACACUCCUGCUCCCAGUGUGACAAAUCAUACGGGGAGAAGAGGGCAUUAGUAAGUCAUGUGAAGAUCUGUCAUGCAGGGGUGCGUUUCCCCUGCACAUACUGCGGUAAGUUGUUUCUGAGCAUGUCCUCAUUGACAAGGCAUGACUUGAUUCACACUCAGGAGAAGCCUUUUAAAUGCACCGAGUCAGAGUGCGGCAAGGGUUUCAGAUCUCCAAAGGAACUGAGGGUACACAUGAGAUAUCAUACUGGAGAGCGGCCAUAUAAGUGCAAAGUCUGUGGGAAGGGUUUUACGCAAAAUUGUUAUAUCACUCGACACAUGCGAACUCAUACGGGGGAGAAGCCGUAUCCGUGUUCUGUCUGUGGGAGAAACUUUUCUGACUUAAGGGUACGGAAAAGACACAUGAUGACUCACACCGGAGAGAAGCCCUACAAAUGUUUAAAAUGUGAGAAAGCUUUCAGUCGGACAGAACUUUUGAAAGCACAUGACAAGAAAGAACACUGAGCAAAUUCAAAUCAAGGGAUUCUUUUUUUUGGGCUUUGAUAGCAUUUUUUUGUGUAUAGAUGUUAUAGUCUCUAGACAGACGGGUUGCCUCCUGCAAUGUUCCAUUGUAAUGUGCUCCAAGGUCUCGGAUUUCCGAGACUAUAUAUAUAUAUAUAUAUGUUAGUAAUGAAAAAUGUUGUCCCUGUGUUCUGAAUUUAUAACAUAGUGGGGAACAGUUAUCCCUGCAAUGCUUUUAGGGGCAAACUAUAAACACUGUGAUGUAACACAUCGCAUGGUAGUUUAGUCAAUGUGUUUGUUGAAUAUAUACCUAUUCAUAUACAACUUAAUUAUUUUAACCACAUCAAAUCACACCCAAUAAUGUAAAUUUUUUUAAUUGGUCCAUAUGAGAACCAUGGGCCCCGUUCUCAUGCAUGAGUUUGAUGUUUCAAGUGUAAAUAAAAAGCCUUGAAUGAGUGUGAUUUUUUAAAUAACCUUAUCGCUUAUAGUAGCUAGCUCAUUUGUGUAUUUAUUAUAUGUACAGUACCAGUCAAAAGUUUGGACACACCUACUCAUUCCAGGGUUUUUCUUUAUUUGUACUAUUUUUUACACUGUAGAAUAAUAGUGAAGACAUCAAAACUAUGAAAUAACACAUAUGGAAUCAUGUAGUAACCAAAAAAGUGUUAAACAAAUCAAAAUAUAUUUUAUAUUUGAGAUUCUUCAAAUAGCCACCCUUUGCCUUGAUGAAAGCUUUGCACACUCUUGGCAUUCUCUCAACCAGCUUCAUGAGGUAGUCACCUGGAAUGCAUUUCAAUGUAAAGGUGUGCCUUCUUAAAAGUUAAUUUGUGAAAUGUAUUUCUUUCUUAAUGCGUUUGAGCCAAUCAGUUGUGUUGUGACAAGGUAGGGGGGGUAUACAGAAUGUACAAAUAUAAGAUACAUAUUUCCCUCAGAUUACACAGGUCCGCAAAGAAUUAGAAAACAAAUCCAAUUUUGAUAAACUCCCGUAUUGAUUGGGUGAAAUACCACAGUGUGCAAUCACAUUGACAUUUUAGCAGACACUCUUAUCCAGAGCGACUUACAGGAGCAAUUAGGGUUAAGUGCCUUGCUCAAGGGCACGUCGACAGAUUUUUCACCUAGUCGGCUCGGGGAUUAGAACCAGCAACCUUUUGGUUACUGGCACAACACACUUAACCACUAAGCUACCUGGCGCCAGCACAGUAGCAAGAUUUAUGACCUGUUGCCACAAGAAAGGGCAACCAGUGAAGAACAAACACCAUUGUAAAUACAACCCAUAUUUAUGUUUAUUUAUUUUCCCUUUUUUUACUUGAACUAUUUGCACAUCGUUACAACACUGUAUAUAUACAUAAUAUGAAAUGUCUUUAUUCUUUUGGAACUUUUGUGAGUGUAAUGUUUACUGUUAAUUUUUUAUUGGUUAUUUCACUUUUGUUUAUCUAUUUCACUUCCUUUGGCAAUGUUAACAUAUGUUUGCCAUGCCAAUAAAGCCCCUUGAAUUGAAUUGAAGCCUAGUGGCCAGCAGUGAGAGAAGAUGGAUUUUGUAUGACAUUCUGAUAAUUUACUCAUCGAUGAAACAUUUGAUCUCAAUACAGUUUUCUGUUUCCAAAACUACAAUCUGUUACUAACAGAGUGUACUAAGUUUUGUAGACUUUACCCUUUGCCAAAGUUUCAAAAACUUGCGUUGUUUAGAAGGAGUGCAAAGAUAAAUUGAGUUAUUGCACAACCACUCUUCACAGAGUAGGCGUUCCCCAACUGAAAUAUGCAAAUAAUGCUACAACGCGCCAAUAGGAUCUUGCUAGCUCGUGCUUGGCUCUGCCCACAUACUUACUUGUUCUGCCCACAAUGGCAAAUUUGUUCCCAGUCUUUUUUAACAGCAACGGGUCUGGCAGGUAGGAUUUAGUUCUCCCUGUCUUUGGCCCACACUCCAGUACAGUAGGUGGCGGUAAUGCACCAUAACGUUGGAUGCCAACCGCCGAUAAACCGCACUGAAGAAGAAGAAGAAGUCAUUUGUUCCCAUUUGAAACGACAGGCUGUGGUCUAUCUUAGUUUAGUUAUAAAAGUAUUUGCUCUCGCUCUGAUAUUUGUUCAUUUAUUGUUUCUUAUUUUUCUGGGGGGUGGGUUAUUUGUGUAUUAGUAUUGUAUACUUACUGCACUGCUGGAGCUAGAAGUAAGCAUUUCGCUACACCUGCUCAUAUGUGUACGCGACAAACUUAGAUUUGAUGUGUUACAUCUAAAUAGGUCCCCCACAGUCUUGUUCGACAACGUACACACACAGUGGCACACAUCGGCAAAAAUUGUUGGCAUUUUCGAUCACCUUAUCACAGUUCCAGGUGACUGCAGUGGAGAGACAUGCAAAAACAAAUGUCUGUGGGGAAAGGUAACAUAUUUAAAGCUAUGCAUACGAUUCUAGAGCUAGAUAGGACAUAGCUAGGUAAGUAUGGCUAACUUCCUAUUGUUUUGUGCGGGAAUAGGACUCGUUCCAGAACGUCUAACAUAUGUUUUACGGGUCUGUUUUUGUUAGUUAUUGCAGAUGUGCAGCAUUUCUAUUCCUUUCUGAUUUCUUUCCCGUUAUUUUAUUGAAUAAGGCAGUUGAAGAAACACACUUCCUAGAAGUGUUCCCUUGCUAGUUAACAAGCUAAUCGCUUUGCCUUUGUAGUCGUUUCACUGCUUCUCUGUGGUCCUCUGUAGCUCAGCUGGUAGAGCACGGCGCUUGUAACGCCAGGGUAGUGGGUUCGAUCCCCGGGACCACCCAUACACAAAAAUGUAUGCACGCAUGACUGUAAGUCGCUUUGAAUAAAAGGGUCUGCUAAAUGGCAUAUUAUUAUUAUUAUUAUUAUUUCUCUAAGCCCGUCCAGAAACAACCCUUACUACCUGUCCCCUUUAUUGUAGAUCCACGCAUUGAUUUUCUCUCUCGCUCUCUCUCGCACACCAUUAUUGAAAAUGAAACACAUAGUAACACAGUAUUAAUAGUAAACUAGUUUUAAAAAAUAGUUCAACAAGCUAGAGUUUGAUGUGAUGUGCAAUAAGAGGUGCUUAUAAAUUGAUUUGUGAACAACUAAGUCAGUAUCUGUGUUUCAGGUCCCCCUCUUCCUCUCCCCUCUCUGCGCCUCAUGGUCCCACCACUACGGCUGGUCUCAGCAGCCAUCUGGCAAACGGUCCAGCAAAGACAGGUGAUGGAUUAUGGGAUGCUGGAAGAGUUUGUUACCAUGGUCACAGAGAUGGUUCCAGAGCUUCUGAACAACAGUCAGAGGGCCCAACUUAUUCUGGGUCUUCGAGCACGGGUGAGAGAGGGGGGUGGAGCUAGUGCUCAUUAUGUGGGGAACGAUGGCAUAUGAUCAUAUUUAGUCAUCUUUACUGUGUCAAAUAAGUCUCCUGACUGGUUUGCUCUGCUUUCAGCUGGUCCUGGAGUUGUGUUGCUCCAAGCCGAUCACAGACCUCCAGACCAUUCAGCCACACCUGGACAGGAUACAGACCCUCACACCUCUCUGGGGGACACAGGUGAGGUCCAAAGGGCAUAGGCUUAGCUAAUGUUUACGUCAGUCAAUCAGUCAGUCCUAGACAUAACUCUCUUAUUAUCAUUAUAACAAAAGUGUUUUCUUUCUUGCAGGCUGAUGAUGGAGAUUUAUCAGAAUCCAACUUUCUGGGUUUGAUUCAAACCCUGCUGAAAGACCCAGAUGAGAUGGAACACUUCUUUCAGGUCAGUGUGGCUGUGUGUAUAAUAAUAGUACAGAAGUGCAUUCUCACAGUACAUCUUAUUCAGUGGUCACCAACCUUUUCUGAGUUAAGAUCACUUUCUGAGUCAAAAUGCAAGCCGAGAUCUACCGCUCAGAUUUGAGAAAAAAAACAUGACAUAGAGUAUGUGGACAACUACAAAUACCUAGGUGUCUGGUUAGACUGUAAACUCUUCUUCCAGACUCACAUUAAGCAACUCCAAUCCAAAGUUAAAUCUAGAAUCGGCUUCCUAUUUCGCAACAAAGCCUCCUUCACUCAUGCUGCCAAACAUGCCCUCGUAAAACUGACUAUCCUACCGAUCCUAGACUUCGGCGAUGUCAUUUACAAAAUAGCCUCCAACACUCUACUCAGCAAAUUGGAUGUAGUCUAUCACAGUGCCAUCCGUUUUGUAACCAAAGACCCAUAUAUUACCCACCACUGUGACCUGUACGCUCUUGUUGGCUGGUCCUCACUACAUAUUUGUCGCCAAACCCACUGGCUCCAGGCCAUCUAUAAAUCACUGCUAGGCAAAUCCCCGCCUUAUCUUAGCUCAUUGGUCACCAUAGCAACACCCACCCGUAGUAUGCGCUCCAGCAGGUAUAUCUCACUGGUCAUCCCCAAAGCCAACACCUCCUUUGGCUGCCAUUCCUUCCAGUUCUCUGCUGCCAAUGACUGGAACGAAUUGCAAAAAUCUCUGAAGCUGGAGACUCUUAUCUCCCUCACUAACUUUAAGCAUCAGUUGUCAGAGCAGCUUACCGAUCACUGCACCUGUACACAGCCCAUCUGAAAUUAGCCCACCCAACUACCUCAUCCCCAUAUUGUUAUUUAUUUUGCUCAUUUGCACCCCAGUUUCUCUAUUUGCACAUCAUCUCUUGCACAUCUAUCAUUCCAGUGUUAAUACUAAUUGUAAUUAUUUUGCACUAUGGCCUAUUUAUUGCCUUACCUCCAUAACUUGCUACAUUUGAACACACUGUAUAUAUAUUUUCUGUUGUAUUUUUGACUUUAUGUUUUGUUUUACCCCAUAUGUAACUCUGUGUUGUUGUUUUUUUAUCGCACUGCUUUGCUUUAUCUUGGCCAGGUCGCAGUUGUAAAUGAGCACUUGUUCUCAACUGGCUUACCUGGUUAAAUAAAGGUUAAAUAAAAAAUACUCCUAUGAACAGAGAAAGUCAAAUAUUCCUUGAUAUUAAAAAAGACACAUGCCGCUAAUAAUAACAACGCAAGCUUAACGGAACACUUUGCUAUACUCAUUCAUUACAGCUGCAGUGCUGGUUGUAGCGUGAAUGGAAGUAGGGAGAACGUGCAUUUUAUGGCUUAUAAAAGUGUUGAACAAAGUGUUGACAGUGCUGAAUAAUAACUGAAACAUUAACUUACUGAUAAAAACAGCAGCUCUUUGCUGUAUUCGUUGAGUCUUUCUCUAGUCAUGGUUUUAAAAGUUUUUAAAUCUCACAGUAUCAACUUUGCUGUGCUUUCAAGGCUUUUUACAAUCUAUGGAGCGAGGAAACUGUGCAGACACAGUGAUUUGAGCUAUCUGAUUGGCUAGCGGUAGGCCUAUAGGUGCAUUUGAUUUGCUGUCUGGGCCUGCCAGGUAGGUGGAGUUCUACCUUCAGACACAUGAAAUGGUUCAAAAUGGGAACACUUUGCCUGUCCGAGGCUAGGGCUGCUGAAUCAAGUGCACCUGCUGUCAACGCAAAACUAAUGUAAAAAAGAGGCUUUAUCGUUGGGUUUUUUACAGAAAUGUUUACAUUUUACAUUUUAGUAAUUUAGCAGACGCUCUUAUCCAGAGCGACUUACAGUUAGUGAGUGCAUACAUUUUUCAUACUGGCCCCCCGUGGGAAUCGAACCCACAACCCUGGCGUUGCAAGCACCAUGCUCUACCAACUGAGCUACAGGAGGCCUGUUUGGUGAUCGACUAGGAAUGCCUUGGAGAUCGACCAGUCGAUUGCUAUCGACCGGUUGGUGACCAUUGAUCUUAUUUAUAAACAAUGCUGACCAAUGUUGACCUUUUGCCAAGGUCUCCUUUUAUUCUGUAUGUUUCCAUGUGAGUUGCAGAUAACACUUUUUCUUAUACCAGAUGUGAUUUAUUUUAUACUAAUUUCUUAUUCUUUCUCAGGAUGUUUUUCCUGUGGAAUUUGGUCCCAAAUAUGAUGCAGCAAUAGAGAAACUCAUGUGUCAGUUUCUUUCAAGACUUGAGAAGCUACUUCCAGUAUCAAACUUUCAACAGGUACUGAAAUUAGAAUAAUACCUUCAUCACUUCAGUGAAGGAUCACUAUUCACAAAGUUUCAUAUAGUAUCUUUUGAAUCACCCCUAAAUCCUAUCUAUUUCCCUUCUGUGUCAGGCUGCGUUCCUGCUUGGCGAUGUUCCAUCUGUUCUGGAGGAAUGUGUUGAGUCCGUGUCUCACCCUCAAGAGCUGAAAACCCUGCUUCAAUACCACAGAGACCUCAGCCCGCUGGACAACCAUGGUAGGCAUCUCUCACAGGACCCAUGCAUGAUGUUGGCCAAUCUUCUGUUGGGGACAGUGACAUUUAUUCUCUAUUCAACCAUUGUCUUUCAUUUAUCCUCUUCCUUUUAUAGAUACUCUGUCUUCCACCGAUGGGGACUGCAUUCUCUCAGCUCUCUGUCUCCCUCCUGUAGAAAGGGUGGUGAUUGCAACAGAACAGACAGAAUCAGAAACACAGGUUUCAUCCUUGAAUGUCUUCAUGGAUACAUUCACCAAAGAGUUGGAGGUGGACUCUGCAACACUGACAGAGUACACAGAGAUGGAACCGGGGACAAGUAUGGAUGUAGUAGAAAGAGAGGAGCGUGUGGAAUGUGAGAGAAACAACAAACUAUCUAUAGAGUUCGCUGACCCUGUGGAACAUGAGGACAUGGAGGUUCAUGCCGGUAAUGAAGAAGAGAAUGUUGUGGGGAUUGGACCAGUAAAAGAUGAGACGGAAGAUAUUGUUGAAGAGGUGGACUCCAGGUACGAAACAGUGAUGGUUAUCGGGGCAGAUGGGGUGGCACAGCCUUAUGAAGAUUUAAGAGUCAAAAGGAAGAGAUCUUUCAGAAAGCCCAAACUAAAGACACAUAAAGCCAGGGGAAGUCAUGAAGAACAAAUUAAAAUAAUAUCCUCCAUGCUUCACAAGCCUUCAGUGAAGCUACAAAGGAUUGACACAACUAACCUGAUGUUGCCCUGUAGACCAGUUAGACAAAACAGGGGGCGUAAGAUGA